UCUUCUUCUUUCUUUUCCUGACUAUUGACUCAAUCCUCCUAUAGUUUGACUUUGACAGAGCCGGCUUUUCUCUCAUGGCCGAGUCCAGCGGCCUGAAGCCGGGCAACGGCUCCUCGCAUGUGAACGGCAAGAUGAAUGGCCAGACGACGGCCAAGAAACAGCCUGCGCCACGGCAACAUGGGCUCUUUGCCUGGUUGUUUGGUACAGCUGCCAGAAUCGCGACAUGGGCCAUCAUUAUCACGCUGCUCUUCCGCUGCCCCUCCACUCUCGAGGAGUGCGACGAGAACUCUCCCUUCAUCUGCAAGCCGUACUUCCAGGCGAAAGCCGCCGUCGCCCCAUACACGCUGCCUUACUACGAGCAAUACGCUGCGCCAUAUGUGGACUUUGCGAGGCCUUACUACGAGACAGUCGACGCCCGCGUCCUCUCGCCAGCGCGCAGCUACGCCGUCCAAUACGGUGCUCCCUGGGUGGAAAAGGGCCAGCAACAAGCUCGGGCCCAGUGGGAGAAGCACGGCCAACCCCAGGUAGCCCAGCUGCGAGAGCUGUCGCGGAAGCAGUACGAACAAACAAUUGCUCCCCAUCUGGAGCGUGCGGGCGAGGUCCUCAGACCCUACUACGAGAUCGGCCGGGCCAGUUCUCUUCGGCUGUACCAUGAUGCUCUGCUGCCAACGUAUGCGCUGGUGCAACCCUAUGCCCACCAAGGCUACACGGCUGCCUCGAGCUUCACCACCGGCACCGCGCUCCCCGCUGUCCAGUGGACCUGGGCAAAGACGAACGCCUUCCUCGACAAGGCAGUGUGGCCGCAGCUGCGGAUGCUCUAUGUCGAGAAUGUAGAGCCCCAGCUUGUUCGCAUCGGUGAGCGUCUGGAGCGAUACAAGAAUCGCGCCAGGACCAAGUGGUAUAGAAAAAGAAGGACGACAACCGAACCGCCGCGAUACUCAUCAUUCAGCAAGCCAUCCCCACAGGGAACGCCAGCGCCGACUACACCAGCCUCCGAGCCUGAUGCCCCCGCCGCCCCGAGCUCCAGCGCUGAGAAGCAGCCAGUGACGGAAUCCUACUGGAACCCUGUGCAGCCUCCCGCCCCUGCGGAAAACGAGACGGAGCAAAGGAGAACCGCUCGUGAGAUGGUGGCGCAGGACCUCGAGAUGUGGCAGAAUAAGUUUGCCGCCCAGGCCGACGAAGGCGCUGUGGACAUGGAGGACCGGAUUGACGAGCUCGCGAGUCGCAGGAUGGCUGAGGACAUUGCACGCUACGGCAAGCCUCUUGUCAAGAAGCUCCGGGCAACGGUCCAGACUGAGACUGACCGUCUCAAGGCCAAGAUCUCCAAGAUCGUUGCCGAGCACGCGCGCGGUGCGCUCGCUGAUGCCCAGGAGCAGAUUGUCGGCGCUGUCCGAGCCGCUGGUCUGGCUAUCAAGACGGCUGCGCAAGACAUUCGGAACUGGCGCGAAGAGUACGACGAGGAUCUGCAAUCCGAGGUCCUGAAGGCCGCCGAUGUGCACUUUGAGAUCCUGGACGAGACUAGGAAUCUCGCCCUGCAGCAGCUCGGAAUGAAGUGGGCCUGGACCGAGGGCGUCACAUACAAGGACUGGGCAAAGUACCACGAACUGAAGCAGGCGCUGACGGAGUGGACCGAGGAGCUGAAGCAGCUCAUCGUCACCCACCCCACGCUUCUUCGGGCACAGGAUGCUUCUGCACAGAUCGAGGACGAGGGCAUGACGAUUGCGUCGGCUGCUGCCAAGGAGCUGGCUCGUCUCAAGCAAGUGGCUCAGUGGAAGCUGGCGGCGAAUGAUUCGAGCGACAACUUUGACUCGGAGGCGAUGGAAAGAGCAGCAGAGGCUGCACAGAACCCUACUGUGGCUGAGAAUGCCGACGAGUCGGUUGAACAAGAGGAGGCUGACAAUGUUACGGCGGAAGAGUUUCCUGAAGCAGCCGUUGAUGGAGCCGAUGGCCAAGAUUCGUCUUCUACCCAGGUUACUGAUGCCGUUUUGGAAGCCGUCCUGGAGGCCGUCUCGGAGGAGGCAGCGGCAACGGAGACCGACGAGACGGUCCCGCCUUCGGAACCCGAGUCUGCUGAUGAAGCCAAGGAUGAUGCUCUUGUUGAUGAGCAGUCGUCGAGCGCGGAAUCAAGCGAGGCCAUUCCUGUGGAAGACAAUGACACCUCGGACCUCUCUGAACACGCUGCGGAACAGACUGACACUCACCCUGAUGUUCAGAAGCCCCUUGCAGGCCAGACCGACGAGGCUCAGGAACCCGCUGUUGAUGCCACACAGGACGAAGAGCCCGCUCCAAUCAUUCUGGAGGAGGCUUCCACAAUCCUUAGCGACGCCGCAUCCAUUGUUGCUGAAUCUGCCACCGAGGCCGUGAUGGAGUCGGAGCCCGAUGAGACGGCUGAAGCCGCACUGGAAUCCGAGUCUGAAGUCAUGGAAGAGCACGAGGAGGAAGACGACGAGUCUCCAUGGUCACGAGACACGGCAACUCGGCACGACGCCCCUACCGUCAAGGCAUCUUUCCUCGGCGCGGCCGCCCAGGUUGUUCCUGGCCGGCAAAUCGUUCUUGACGAGGACGACGACACGGAGGAUGACUACCUAUCUAGCGCGACAAAGGCUGCCGAGGCGGCUUAUUCGAGCGCCGUCUCCCUCGCCUCUGAUCGCUAUUCGAGCGCGGUGUCGAUCAUCUCCGCCCAGGUUCACGGAACCCCAACCCCGGCCGUGCAGAACCAGCUCCUUUCUUCGGUCUCGGCCGCUUACGAUCAGGCAUUGGCUGCGGCGAGUUCGAGGCUCAAGGAUUUCGCUGAUGCCGCCUCGGCAGGAGUCUAUGGCACGCCAGCUCCUACCCCGGCGACUCCCACGCAGGCACACUGGAGCAGAGUGGAAUCAAUUGCUGCAGAGCGUCUGAACGAGGGCAAGCUGUGGGCCGAGCUUCAAUAUCAGAGCGCCUUGAUCGCGCUGGGACUGGCGACGGCCACUCCAACGCCCACCAAUGCCGUCGAGAAGUACUACGAACAGGCCAAGUACAACUACUACGCCGGAGUCGGCAUGGCGCACGAUCGCUACAACAACUUUAUCUCUGCUGCUUCGUCUGCUUGGUCCUCGCUCACGGCCACAGCGACACCGACUCCGACGCCUCAGGCGCUGACCGACUCUGCCAUGUCCAUGGUCUCUGCCGCUGGUCAGGCUGCCGAAUCUGCCUACUCCAAGGCGACGGAGAAUGUUGCUUCUGCAAUCGAAGCCGUGGACGAAUCGAUCUCGUCUUUGCAUCAUGCUGCGACGGAGCAAGUCUACAACGCCGGGCUGGCCAUUGGCGAGACGUGGGGGACGGUCGUGAGCCAGCUGAGCCUGGAGAUUUACGGCCAGCCAACGCCGGCACUCAUCGGAUGGUACGAUGGCCUGGUGACGGAUGCGCAGGCGGUCGUGGCGAGCGCGACUUCGGCUGUUGGAAAGGCCGGUGAGACGGCAUCAGCCGGUGCCGUGAACGAGUACGAAGCAGUGAGCGAGCUGGUGUCGGAGCUGAUUGUUGGCCGGGAGCCGCCUUUCACGGAGAGUGUAUUGUCAAGGCUCCAGGCGGCGUAUGCCACGGCGACGCAGAACGUGGCCAGCCUGGCGAGCGAAGCCAGCGCGGCGGCUGGAUCUGUUGGCGAAAAGGUGGGCAGCAUGGCGAGCAAGGCGACCGACGCGGCGAAGCAUGGCCGAGACGAGUUGUGA